GGCCGAAAGCGACGCGCACCCAAAGCCCAACACAACACAACACGGAGCCAAAAGCUACCGCUCCCGUCCCUCUCCUUCUCGCCUCGCCUGGUUCUCUCAUCGCACAGGAGGAAUUCGGAGGUGAACCCAACCGGCCACACAAUUCUUGGGUGCUUUGUUCCCCAUCCGCUUCGUCCCUCCCUCCCUUCCCCCGAUCUGCUGAUCCGGGGCUCCACGCACGAAAGUGCGCGCGCGCCCGGUUUUGGGCUCUAGUGCUUUGGAGUCGUCCGCGUUGCACCAAAUUUGGCCUUUUUUAGGUGGGGGAGCUUGGAUCCUUUCGUCUGCGGAUUUUGGUUGCUGGGGGUGGGGGGGUUUCUUCUUGCGAUGGUUUUGCGCUGAUAGGGGGAGGGGAUCUUGGGAGUUGGAGGAGGAUUAACCUCGUCAAACCCUCCUCUCUUCCUCACCCACGUCUGAUUCGAUGAGUUGUGGGUGUCUCCUCCCAAUCCGAGAUUGCCGGAGAUGGUUGCCGCAGUAGCAGCUUCGUUGAGAUCUCUCGCACCUCUAUCCGCCUAUCGCUCUCCUUCCCAUGGUAUCCAUGCCGUCGUCAGGGACUCGUCGGCGUACACCACCCGACCCCCGCCGCCGCCGCCGACGGCAGAUGGCGGUGGUAAUGGAGGGAGGAUUAGCCCCGCGGUGUUGUUCAUCAUAGUGAUUCUUGCGGUCAUCUUCUUCAUCUCCGGCCUUCUCCACCUCCUGGUGAGGCUGCUGAUGAAGAAGCAGCACCGCCGUGGUGGAGCCGAGAAUGCCGCCCCGUCGCCGCACAGCCGGCAUGUCGGGCGGGACGCCGCGAUGGACCGGCAGCUCCAGCAGCUGUUCCACUUGCACGAUUCUGGGCUCGACCAGGCGUUCAUCGACGCGCUGCCGGUGUUUGCCUACCGCGACAUUGUUGGUGGUGACAAGGAGCCGUUUGAUUGUGCAGUGUGCUUGUGUGAGUUCGACGGUGAGGACAGGCUCAGGUUGUUGCCGGUGUGUGGUCAUGCCUUCCAUCUGCAUUGUAUAGAUACAUGGCUGCUGUCCAAUUCGACGUGCCCGCUUUGCCGUGGUACGCUCUAUGUCCCCGGAUUGACCAUAGAGAGCCUGAUGUUUGAUUUUGAUGAGAGGUUGGAGGAGGGCCGGCUGUCGGAAGAAUGCGAGGAUGGAUUCCAAUCUUCCAGACAGAAGAAGCCCAUGGAUGAGGAACAAACAGUAACUGAGAAGAGAGUUUUUCCUGUAAGGCUUGGGAAGUUCAAGAAUGUCGGGAACACUGGUGUGGGUGGUGUUGACAAUGGCAAUGCAGCUGGUAUAGUGAGUAGGGAACCAGGGGAGAGUAGCAGUAGCAGCUUGGAUACGAGGAGGUGCUUCUCCAUGGGCACUUACCAAUAUGUUCUUGGGGCUUCUGAACUUCGAGUGGCUCUCCAGCCAGGUCGUAACAAAAAUGGCGUGGGCAGCAGGUUGAAGGGAAGAGCUACUGGCAUAAGCUCUGUCAAUGCUGAAAUUAUGGAGGGCAAGAGGAUUUGUGCAAAGAGUAAAGGUGAGAGCUUCUCCAUGUCGAAGAUUUGGCAGUGGUCUAAUGUGAAGGGCAAGCUGCCAGCUGGUUCAGACAAUUGCUCAGAAACGGCGAGUUUUCCGUGGAUGAAGAGAGAUGCUACUGGAGAUAAGUCAAAUAUGUGACACUGUCUAUAGUUCUUUCUUUUGUAGUGCUGGUUGUUGAAUUUCUUAACUAUAGCUAUUCUUUUGGUCUAAUUUCACAUGUGUAUGUUUUUCACUAGAAUGACCAUCCCCAUCGAAAGAUAAUUUUUGACAGGCUUACAUAUUUCACCCUGCUUGUGAUUGUUCAGGAUUAAUGCAGUUUCCACUGUUUCUUGUAUCAGUAUAUGAUAAUAGGUGUUCUAGAUUACUCA